AUGACCGAGUCUCUUCUUCGCAUGCGGGGAGCCCUGCGGUUCUCUCCCCGCAGCCAUCGCUGUAUUGCAACCAGCCACGCUCGCCGUCGUUUGAACAGUACAGAUGCUGCAGUGACCAGCUAUAGAAGCGAACCGAGCUCAGCACCCACACAUCCUCCUACUCCCGAUCCACUCCCUCCCUCGAAACCCUUAUCGCCACGAUGGUCCGCGCUGCGGUCCGCAAAGCCCUUCUCCGAGUUCCUCACCGACACCUUCAACCGCCAACAUGACUACCUCCGCAUCAGCGUGACCGAGCGCUGCAACCUCCGUUGUUUAUACUGCAUGCCCGAGGAAGGGAUACCGCUGUCCGCGCCCGCGCGGCUGCUCACCUCCCCGGAGAUCGUCUACCUGUCCUCGCUGUUCGUCUCGCAGGGGGUCACCAAGAUCCGGCUGACGGGCGGCGAGCCGACGGUGCGCAAGGACAUCGUGCCGCUGAUGCAGUCGAUCGGCGCGCUGCGGCGUAACGGCCUGCGCGAGCUGUGUCUGACCACGAACGGGAUCUCGUUGCACCGCAAGCUGGAGCCGAUGGUCGAGGCGGGCUUGACGGGCGUGAAUCUCAGCCUGGAUACGCUGGAUCCGUUCCAGUUCCAGAUCAUGACGCGGCGGAAGGGGUUCGAGGCGGUGAUGCGGAGCGUGGAGCGGAUACUGGCGCUGAAUAAGGCUGGCGCGGGGAUCAAGUUGAAGAUCAACUGCGUGGUGAUGCGCGGGGUCAACGAUCGGGAGAUCAUCCCGUUCGUGGAGAUGGGGCGGGACAGCCCCGUCGGGGUGCGCUUCAUCGAGUACAUGCCCUUCGACGGGAACAAGUGGAGCCAGGGGAAGAUGUUCUCGUACCAGGAGAUGCUGGCGGUGAUCCGGGCGAAGUACCCGACGCUGGAGAAGGUGGCCGGCCACAAGAACGAUACGAGCAAGACGUAUCAGGUUCCCGGGUUCCAAGGCCGCGUCGGGUUCAUCACGAGCAUGACGCAUAAUUUCUGCGGGUCCUGCAAUCGGCUCCGCAUCACCAGCGAUGGCAACCUGAAAGUCUGCUUGUUCGGCAAUACGGAGGUGUCGCUGCGAGAUAUCAUCCGGAAGGAGAACGAUGGGCAGCCGAUCGACGAGGCCGCGCUGAAGGAGCUGCGGCUGCUUGAGGCUGCGGAGGCUGCCGCGCGCGUCCACGACGAGGGUGGCGUGGUCGACCAGAGGGAACAGGCGCUCCUCGACAUCAUCGGAAUGGCCGUCAAGCGCAAGAAGGCCAAACAUGCCGGAAUGGGUACAUUGGAGAAUAUGAAGAACCGGCCAAUGAUACUUAUUGAUAGUGCACAUGUCAGAAAUACGAACACUUCAAGCAACUCGAGACUCCCUAGAAUGAGCCCAGCCAGCGUGCCGCUUCAUCUUCUUCCUGCGUCCCCGUCCCCGUCCCCAACUUCCAUCUUCCAAACCCGUCACUACCACCGCGAGCGUAGCACCACCAAUCCUCAACCCUCCCCGUCCAACCCCAGAGAAGAAGAGGAAACCACCCGCUCUCUCCCGACCACCUCGGACCCGGAACUCCCGCACCUCACCGCCAGCCAAACAGUGCACAUGACCCAAAUCACCGAGAAACCCGUCACCGCGCGCACCGCCACAGCCAGCUGCCUCGUCUCCUUCUCCAACGCGCGGCCAUACGAUCUCCUCCGCGAGGGGCGCGGCACCCACAAGGGCGACGUGUUCAGCGUCGCGCGCAUCGCCGGGAUCAUGGCGGCGAAGAAGACGCCCGACCUCAUCCCGCUGUGCCAUCCGAGCAUCGGGAUUACAGGCGUGGAGGUGGACGUGAAGCUGGUGGAGCCUGCGUCUGGUGAACCUGAGGAGAGGCGACAGCGACACGGGGCUAUGCGGGUGAUGGCGACAGUGAGUUGUCUGGGUCGCACGGGGGUGGAGAUGGAGGCGAUGACGGCGACGGUGGCGGCUGCGUUGACGGUGUAUGAUAUGCUGAAGGCCGUGGAUAAGGGGAUGGUUAUUGGGGGGGUGCAGUUGUUGGAGAAGAAGGGGGGGAAGAGUGGGCAUUGGGUGCGGGCGAGGGAGGUCAAGGACCAGCCUUGA